AUGGUCGGAGGAGGAUUGCUGAUCAUUGCCAACCCAUGCGACCAUACAUACAUCAAUAAUCCGCUCUUCGAUGAUUGAUUCCAUGACGGAUUUUGCGAUGAUAUGGACCUAGGCUGCAUGGACGACUUCAACAUUGACUACAUUGCAUAUCUUGCAGAAGCCAAUGUGGACAUUAUGGGUGACCCUGAGGUAGCAGAAAUGGGAGAGGAACUCGUCACUGAAGACAUAAAUGAAGGUCUUGAUAUCAACAAUGAUAUUGCCCUUAACAAAGGAAUGAGAUAAGUUUCAUAUUCCUAAAGCAGCCAAAUGGGUGUCACUAAAUUUAGCAUAAUGUAUGGAAUAAUUUCUUAACAUUAUUCCAGAAUUACCAACUGCUCCUAUUUUGGAGACCUAGACGAUAGAGAAAAUUGGGUCAUAAUGAUGAUGCUUUGUUAAUAAUAGUGGAUACUGGGCGAGAAUCUUCGAGAUGCUGGAGUGGAUUAUCUCCACCCUAAAACCCCACAUUAACCUUCUC